GAUCUGUUAAGGACUUAGAUGAAGAAUACCCAGUAAGAAGAACAUAAUGAUAAUGUCCGUGCAUGAUCCUAUAGCCCGUAAACGAUCACUCGGAGUUCCUGAAACAAAGGACGGAGUGGUCAAUAAGAAAUUCAAAAGUGAAAAUAAGGAGAUACCAGAAGAUGCUACCGCCAGUAACUUCUUUUCAGAAAAGAUGUAUUCAGCAUACGUUAAGUCUGCGUUGGACUCAUUGGACAAAAAUGAUCCUGUGCCGAUCAACUCCUUGACUUCCAAGAUAAACUUACCCUUCACUCAUAAGGAUGCCAUUUCCCUUGCCCAUAUGAACGUGGUUUUGAACGGGUUGAUAUCCAAUGUCUCAAAACUUGAUAACAAAUCAUGUCAUGAAUUGAUAUCGGCUGUGCUUGAAUUUAAAUGGCUCGAUGUGGCAAGCAGGCAGGACUCGGCUUAUUCACAAUUCACCGACCUAUACUCAAGGUUCAUUAGUGUCUUGGUGUCCUCCUUUCCCAAAUACUUGCAUGAGGUCACCAAGAAACUUGUUGGGGAGUUUAGCAGGUCUGAAUGCUUGCCAGCUCCUGCUGCAUUGAACAAGCAUCAUGAGAUCUUAUCAAAGCUCAUCAAAUUCAUUCCAACCUGCAUUAACUCAUUACCUCAAACUUUACAAAAGCAUUUUCCACAUCAUUUAUCAUCCAACACUGCUGAGCUAACCAACUACGUUCAGAAUUUGAUGAAAAUUAUCACAUAUUGUCCAGACCUCCAAUUCAAUAUUUGGCAACUCAUCAUCGAAUGUUGCAUUAAACUUGAUGUCGAGUUGCAAAACGAAUUGGAUGACUUGGAUGAUGACGAGAUUGAAGAGUUAAUCAACGGUAAGGAUGAGGAUGAGGAUGAUGAGGAUGAUGAAGAUGAUGAAGAUGAGGGUGUUGAUACCGACGAAACAAAGGCCGGAGAUAAAUCAGUCCUCGAAGAUGUAAUAGGUGACAUCGACGAAGUUCUCGAUGGAGAUCUGGAGUAUUUAAUCGAUCCAAUUACUUCCACUGCAAACAUUAAAAAGCUCCUGUCGAAGUUGGAUUCGGUUAUGAAUUUAUUGUUAACAAAUACUUCCAAUUCAUUCACACAAGAGGAAUUAAAUGAAGGUAAUGGAGUUCCGUUGUUCAAUACCAUUACCUCUUUGUUUAGAAGUCAUAUCUUACCUACUCACUUCACAAAAUCAAUUCAAUUCAUUAUUUUCCAUAUUUCCCAAUAUCAGCCGGAACUUGCUGAUUCAUAUCUUGUCUUGCUUAUCGACGUUGCAUUCAAUACCAACGAGAUUUUGGAGAAAAGACUUAAGGCAAUGCAAUAUUUGUCAUCUUAUAUUGCAAGGGCUAAGAACUUGUCAAGACAUCAAAUUGUAUUUAUUGUCAGCUAUUUAGUUGGUUGGUUGAACAAAUACAUGUUGGAGAGGGAAUGUGAAAUUUAUGAUCAAGAUGAUAACUCACAAAGAGCCUCCAACCAAAAGGGAAACCAGACGGGAGGUAUGGAAAGGUUUAAGUUGUUCUAUGCUGCAUUCCAAGCUUUGUUGUACAUCUUUUGCUUUAGACAUGACCUGUUGUACAAGAGCUCUAAGCCUGCUUCUGCUGAUCAGUCAUUUGGUGAUUCUGAAUGGGAAUGUGACUUGGACAAGUUUUUCCAAAGAGUCAUUCUUGCCAAAUUUAACCCAUUGAAGUUUUGUGAUGAGACUGUGGUUUAUAUUUUUGCUAAGCUUGCUACCAAAUUGAAUGUGUGUUACUGCUAUUCGAUUAUUGAGCAUAACAAAAGGGAAAGAAUGUUACAAACCAAUGGUAAGGCCACCUUGCCUUCCGCAGUGGCAAACUUCAAGCAAAAACAAGAAUUUUUAGAUUUAGAGGGUUAUUUCCCUUUUGAUCCUCUUGUUCUUCCAACUUGCAAAGCACUCAUCAGUAAAAACUAUGUUGAAUGGUCUGAAGUUAACCCAAGUGGAGAUGAUGCGGAUGAUGAUGAAGAUAGUGGUAGUCACCAGGAGGCUAUGAGUGAUGAUGAUAUAGUUUCUUCUGAUGAGGAAAUUACAAGUGAUGAAGAGGAUUAAUAGAAUGGUUAGUAAUUAGCAUAUACUGUAUAUUUAGUCGUAAAAUACAGGUCUGU